AUGACCAUCGAAGAUCUAAAUGUUAUCACAUCAGGUGGAUUUGCUGAAGCAUUAAAACUGUUAGCCCCAAAAUUUGAAAAACAAUUUCCUUUUAAAGUUAAAAUUUCAUACGGUUCAUCGAUGGGUGGAGCUCCCGACUCAAUUCCAGCUAGACUUAACAGAAAUGAAAUGUUUGAUAUUAUCAUUCUUGCUUCGUCAGCAUUAGAAAAUUUUAUUCAGAAUGGUUUGGUUAAAGCAGAAACACGUGCUGACUUGGUUACUUCAGUAAUUGGAGCCGUAGUUAAAACUGGCUCGCCCAAACCUGAUAUAAAAACUGUGGAAAGCUUUAAACACACCCUACUAAAUGCAAAUUCAAUAGCAUGUUCUGCUAGUGCUAGUGGCACAUAUAUACUAACUAAUCUUUUUCCUAAACUUGGUAUCGCUGAUGAAAUGAGGGCAAAAACAAAAAAAAUAUUUAGUGAGAGAGUCGGACAUGUUGUUGCUAGAAGCGAUGCUGAGAUUAGUUUUCAACAAGUCAGUGAAUUAAUUGCAAUUCCUGGUGUUGAGUUCAUUGGAGAAAUCCCAAGUGAAGUUCAACACUGUACUGUUUUUUCAGCUGGCAUUAUGAGCAAUGCUUUAAAUAUAAAAGCAUCUAAAGAUUUUAUAAGUUUUUUAGCAUCUCCUAUGGUUGCACAUUCAAUAAAAAAUACUGGUUUAAAUCCAAUUAUACCAACAUUGCCUUGGUGA